CAGGCUGGCUCUUCACUCCCAAGCAGAUUCCUGGUCUCGCUUUGCUGUUUUUUUUUUUGUCUCUGCUACAUGCACGGCUUCUCCGGCGGCCCCACGGCCAUGUGCUACGCUUGCGAGUCCAGACUGACCCCUGCUUUCACGAUGCCCGAAGCUCCCAAAAGACGGGAGCCCACGGGGCCCCAAUACUUCACUUUCGACCCCAUCCCGGAGGUCGAGGCGAGCCCUGCUGCCCCUAAGAAGGGCGCCAAGACCACCAGGAGCAAAAAGAGAUCCAGAAGAGUGCUCUAUCCGCCAGUGGCAAAGCGCUACUACCCCACGGAAGAGCCCAACUAUGCCAAGCGCCUUCUCUUCAUCCUCCUCACCAUCGUCCUUUUCCAAAUCUACAGUGCCGAAGAGGAGCUCCCGGCCACCUUCCUUUCCCUGAGCACUGAAGAAAACGUCUCUCGUUGCUCCAUGGAGUUGGGGGAAUCUCGCGGGGAACCCCUCCAUUUGCAGGAGCCUGAGCUCGCGGCACCCUCCACCGAAAUGGAAAUCCAUGGAGACGUGGUCAAUGCAACCGGCUGGCAUUGGGUGAAGAACGAGACAUCCGAAUCCACGGUUGACAUCACUCAACUUUUGGAGCAGAGCCCAGCUCGUUUCUGAGGAUUCCUUAGGAAGAAAGAACUAAGAGGCAGACUUGGCUGCAUUGCGACAUCUUAGAGGCAGGAGCUUGGCUUUUGAGGGAAAAAAGCGACUUUCUUCUAAGCAGAACGCAAACCACAGAAGGGUUAAUUGCUGUUGGGAAGUCAGCCAGCUCUUUCCGGCACUCUGCAAUGACUGCGAAGUGAAUUCAGCCAGACCUGUGAACUGACGUCAAUAAAAAUGAUACUUGACUUGAACUGACACUACUGGGUGGAGAGGUUCCCCAUUUCUGUAUUCAGCCAGAUAUCUGGCGAGCAGAAGAAAAGAAGAAGACAUUAAUUUAAUAUUUAUUUAUUUAAUAAUAAUUAUUAAUAUUAAUAAUAAUAUAAUAUGUAAUUUCAACUGAUGUAUUUAAAGUUUUGCAAAACUAAACGUUGCCAAGGAAAAACCUUGGCACACACCUUGUGCUGAAACCAAAGGAUCGCUUGGACUGUGUUUUACUCUAGUGAGAGUGUUAUAGUGUGGAUUUUUGGGAAAGUAGUUAAAAUCUUACACGGAACAGGUGAUGAUUUGUAGAUUUAUAAUCUGUAUUUCUGUAUCUGCGUGAUGUUUAGUAGAGAUUGAAUUAUGGAGGGGAAGUCACUAAAAGGAUGGUACUGUGAUGCUCUGAAGUGGCUUGCUAGCAAACUCAUUCGUAUGGCAGGGAUCAAAAGUAAAUCACUGACAAAUAAUAUUGUAUGUGCAUUAAUAUUGCUUUUCCUGUUCUUGUGCAUUAGCCAGCAAUGUUUACUGUUAGAGCAUUUUGCUUACUAUGUAAGCAUUUGACAUCUCUCUUUCUGGAAAAAAAAAGAACUAAGCACUAAGAACAUCCAGACUGGCAUUUCUGAAAUAGAAGUAUUUUUUUUUUUUUGUGAAUUGCACUUUACAUGUCUACAUGAAUUGUUUAAGAUUUGUAUGUUCCAUGAACAAAUGAAUAAACAUUUCAUAUUA